AUGGUUCUUGCUGCUCGAUGUGGGCAGGCCGCCGCCGUGCUGCGCCAGCGUUGCCUUGCUGAGACUCGCCCGGCAUUCGUGCGCGCCUUCUCCUCCCAGCCCGUUCGUUCGGUUUCCGCUUUGCGUCAGAAGAUCCCCACGGCUCGCUCCCAGCAGCUCCGUUCCUUCUCCAGCACCCUGAACCGUCUUGCCGCUGAGAAGCCCCCUGCUGCUGAGUCUUACCUCGCCAGCGGUGCUGUCAAGCCCGGCAGCGGUCUCGUCGAUGUCAAGAAGGUUCUUGUCAUUGGCUCCGGUGGUCUGAGCAUUGGCCAGGCUGGAGAGUUCGAUUACUCUGGCUCCCAGGCCCUCAAGGCUCUCAAGGAGGCCGGUGUCCACUCCGUCCUGAUCAACCCCAACAUCGCGACUAUCCAGACCGACCACAAGCUUGCGGACGAAGUUUACUACCUUCCCGUUACCCCCGAAUAUGUCACCCACGUCAUUGAGCGUGAGCGCCCCGAUGGUAUUCUUCUUACCUUCGGUGGUCAGACCGGUCUGAACCUGGGUGUCCAGAUGAACCGUAUGGGUAUCUUCGACCGCUACGGCGUCAAGGUCCUCGGUACCAGCAUCAAGACCCUGGAGACCAGUGAGGACCGUGACCUCUUCGCCCAGGCCCUGAACGAGAUUGACAUCCCCAUCGCGGAAUCGACUGCUGUCGAGACCGUCGAGGAUGCUCUCAAGGCCGCCGAGCAGGUCGGUUACCCCAUCAUCAUUCUUGUGGAGAAGUCUCUCAAGGGCUGGAAGGAGGUUGAGUACGAGGUUGUUCGCGAUGCUGCCAACAACUGUAUCACUGUUUGCAACAUGGAGAACUUCGACCCUCUCGGAAUUCACACCGGUGACAGUAUCGUCGUUGCUCCUAGUCAGACUCUGUCUGAUGAGGAGUACCACAUGCUCCGCACUGCUGCCAUCAAGAUUGUCCGCCACUUGGGUGUCGUUGGUGAGUGCAACGUUCAGUACGCUCUGCAGCCCGAUGGACUCGACUACCGUGUCAUCGAGGUGAACGCUCGUCUGUCCCGUUCUUCCGCUCUGGCUUCCAAGGCCACUGGUUACCCUCUUGCCUACACCGCGGCUAAGAUUGGACUGGGACACACCCUUCCCGAGCUCCCCAACGCCGUUACCAAGACCACCACUGCCAACUUCGAGCCUAGCUUGGACUACGUCGUCACCAAGAUUCCCCGUUGGGAUUUGAGCAAGUUCCAGCACGUGAACCGCGACAUUGGCUCCGCUAUGAAGUCUGUUGGUGAGGUCAUGGCUAUUGGCCGUACUUGGGAGGAGUCCCUCCAGAAGGCCAUCCGCCAGGUUGACCCCAAGUACAUUGGUCUCCAGGGUGAUCACUUCGAGGAUCUCGACGAGACUCUCCGCAACCCUACUGACCGCCGCUGGUUGGCUGUUGGCCAGGCUAUGCUCCACGAGAACUACUCCGUCGAGAAGGUCCACGAGCUGACCAAGAUCGACAAGUGGUUCUUGUACAAGAUCCAGAACAUUGUUGACUGCAACAACGAGCUCAAGGAGAUUGGCAGCCUCUUCGGCCUUAAGCAGGAGAUCCUCCUGAAGGCCAAGAAGCUUGGCUUCUCUGACAAGCAGAUCUCUCUGCUUGUUGGUUCCUCCGAAGACGACGUCCGUGCCCGCCGUAAGUCUUUCGGCAUCACCCCCUGGGUGAAGAAGAUUGAUACUCUGGCUGCCGAGUUCCCUGCCGACACCAACUACCUCUACACCACUUACAACGCCUCCUCCCACGAUGUCACCUUCGAUGACCACGGAACCAUCAUCCUGGGUAGCGGUGUGUACCGUAUUGGUAGCUCCGUCGAGUUCGAUUGGUGCGCUGUCAACGCCACUCUUUCCCUCCGUGAGAUGGGCAAGAAGACCGUUAUGAUCAACUACAACCCCGAGACCUACUCCACUGACUUCGAUACUGCCGACAAGCUGUACUUCGAGGAGCUCAGCUACGAGCGUGUCAUGGAUAUCUACGAGCUCGAGGCUGCUAGCGGUGUCGUUGUCUCCGUCGGUGGUCAGCUUCCCCAGAACAUUGCCCUCCGUCUCCAGGAGAGCGGUGGUGCUACCAUUCUUGGAACCAACCCCCAGGACAUCGACAAGGCCGAGGACCGUCACAAGUUCUCCCAGAUCCUCGAUAGCAUUGGUGUCGACCAGCCCGCCUGGAAGGAACUUACCUCCGUCGGUGAGGCCGAGACCUUCGCCGAGGCUGUCGGUUACCCCGUCCUGGUUCGCCCCUCCUACGUCCUGUCUGGUGCUGCCAUGAACGUCAUCUACAGCGUCGACGAGCUCAAGGAGAAGCUCCUUAACGCCGCCGCCGUUUCCCCCGACCACCCCGUCGUCAUCACCAAGUUCAUCGAGGGUGCCGAGGAGAUUGAUGUCGAUGCCGUUGCCUCCAACGGUAAGCUUCUGGUCCACGCCGUUUCCGAGCACGUCGAGCCCGCUGGUGUCCACUCCGGUGAUGCCACCCUCGUCCUGCCCCCUGCCAACAUCCCCGAGCCUAUCAUGGCCCGCGUGAAGGAGAUUGCCGAGAAGGUCGCCAAGGCCUGGAACAUCACCGGUCCCUUCAACAUGCAGAUCAUCAAGGCCGACCAGGAGGGUGCUGAGCCCGCUCUCAAGGUCAUUGAGUGCAACCUGCGUGCUUCUCGCUCUUUCCCCUUCGUCAGCAAGGUCCUGGGCACCAACUUCAUCGACGUCGCCACCAAGGCUCUCGUCGGUCGUGAUGUCCCCGAGCCCGUUGACCUCAUGAAGGAGAAGCGCGACUACCUCGCCACCAAGGUUCCCCAGUUCUCCUGGACCCGUCUGGCCGGUGCCGACCCCUUCCUCGGUGUUGAGAUGUCCUCCACUGGUGAGAUCGCCUGCUUCGGUAAGGAUCUGAUCGAGGCCUACUGGGCUUCCCUCCAGUCCACCAUGAACUUCCGCAUGCCCGAGCCCGGUGAGGGUAUCCUCCUCGGCGGUGACAUUACCCAGCCCUACCUGGCCAAGAUCGUCGAGUACCUGAACCCUCUCGGCUACAAGUUCUUUGCCGUCAACCCCGAAGUCAAGGCCCACAUCGAGUCCACCGCCAAGGACUCCGUCAAUGUGCAGCUGAUUGAGUUCCCCAAGAAGGACAAGCGUGCUCUCCGUGAGGUUUUCCAGAAGUACGACAUCCGUGGCUGCUUCAACCUUGCCAAGACCCGUGGCAAGACCCAGCUCGACGAGGACUACGUCAUGCGCCGCAACGCUGUCGACUUCAGCGUUCCUCUCUUCAUGGAGCCCAAGACUGCCCAGCUCUUCGCUCAGUGCAUGAACCAGAAGUUGCCCCGUGGUGACGAGAUCCCCUCCGAGGUCCGCACCUGGUCCAACUUCGUCGGCGGCAAGGCUCUGUAA